AUGCAGUCGACAUCAGCAGCAAUCGCAGCAGCAGCCAUCUCGGGAGCCGAUUUGGGCGCCAAAGCCAACAGCGCCAAAGGGUCGGAUUCGGCUGCCAAGAAGAAGUCUUGUGGAACACUGGGCGAUAACGGAUUCGAUGCUAGUGAGGCCGAGACGUGGAUGCGAAACAGAUGGAAGGCUGUACACUCGAAUUCUUCCGACAAAAGAAUAGCAGAAGCUCAGAGACCAGAGGUGUAUAAAGCACCGCCAGGCUCUGCAGGCUCCGCUUGGGGUCCGAACAAGAAAACAAUCAACGAGAGAUUCGCAAGCGAUCUGCUGAAAGCUUCAACAGCAAGCGCGGCCAGAUAA